UCUAAAGUUCCUCUCUCUGAAUCCCCGUUUCCUGAUCAUCUGACCCUUGAGUUUUCUUUGGAGGAAGACCCCGGUUGAUCUUCCCUGGACCCAAACGCAGGAGUCAGCCAAAGGUUAAACGAGAAGAGAAGGGAGAGAAGUUACUCGUUGGAAUUCUCCAAGCAGGGAUCCCGUCGUUGGCUGUUUUCGUCCAGGCGGGGAAGGAAUAGGCCGACUGCCAAACCCCUCCUUGUUUUGAAACUUCCCGGUUGCCCCGCGAUAUAAGCCAGCAGAGUCCUACGGCGAGGCUGUGCUUGGGCUUUGCCAGCCAGGACACGUGUCGAGCCAAAGCAACCUUUGGCCAUGUGGCUAUACCUAGCAGCCUUCCUGGGUCUUUACCUGCUAUGCCGAUGGUACCGUGAGAAACAGAUCUUAAGCCACCUGACAGAGAAGUAUGUCUUCAUAACUGGCUGUGAUUCAGGCUUCGGCAAUUUGGUGGCCAGGCAACUAGAUGCCCGUGGCCUGAGAGUCCUGGCAGGCUGCUUCACGGAGGAGGGGGCAAAGAAACUGAAAGAGGCAACAUCGCAACGUCUGCAGACCAUUUCCUUGGAUGUCACCAAGACCGAAAGCGUGGCCCAGGCAGCAGCGUGGGCGAAAGGCAUCGUAGGAGACAAAGGGCUCUGGGGUUUGGUGAACAAUGCAGGCAUUUCAAUCCCAACUGCUCCCAAUGAAUGGCUGACCAAAGAGGAUUUCCAGAAAAUCUUAGACAUCAACCUUCUGGGCGUGUUUGAUGUAACCAAACAUAUGUUGCCUUUGCUGAGAAAAGCCAAGGGGAGAAUUGUCAAUGUUGCCAGCGUCAUGGGUCGGGUGUCCUUCUUUGGCGGUGGCUAUUGUCCUUCUAAAUAUGGAGUGGAGGCUUUUUCCGACAGUCUCAGGAUUGAGCUCGCCAGGUUUGGAGUAAAGGUCUGUAUAAUUGAGCCAGGCUACUUCCAAACUGCUGUCACAAAUGAGAAAUUACUGGUGGACACAUUCACUCGUCUCUGGGACAGGCUUCCAGAUGAGAUCAAGCAUGCCUAUGGGGAGAGAUACUUUGAAGGAAUGAAGAAAGGAACUGCUGAGAUGCAAGCCCACUGCAAUCCUGACCUCUCUCUGGUUACCAAUUGCAUGGAGCAUGCCCUGACCUCUGUCUACCCUCGCAAGCGCUACUCUGCCGGCUGGGAUGCCAAGCUCUUUUAUAUUCCUAUGAGCUAUAUGCCAGUAUUGGUGCAUGAUCUGGUGUUUGGUUGGUCUUAUCCCAAACCAGCACAGACCAGUUAGGCAGGGAUAUCACUGGAUAAAACGAGUUGAAUUUAUGGUGGUGCUGUGGGUUAGAACCAACACAGAUUUUUCUUUAAAGAAUAGGGACUUUACAAACUUCUUUGAAAGAAGCCUUGUUUAUGAGGGCUUCUUCCAAAUUACAUUCCAAACCAAGUUAUACCUCCCUUCCUGCUUCAGUUCACUGAAAGAGCUAUUGGACCAGUAAUGUAUUUUCCCACCCAGAAUUUCCUCAUUUACAGGACACCAACCUUGAUUUUUCAUUAAAUAAAAAGUGGUGCCUUUCCAGGUAUUCUGUCCCAACUAGCCUCAGGACAAGUACACACCAAGCUGCCUUAUAACAAGUUUGACCGCUGAUCAAUCUAGCUUACUGCUGCUUGUUUAACUCUCAAGUUUACCAUGUCAAACUCUUCUUGACUGGCUGAACCAAGAGAUGGUUUAGACAGAAAUGCCAGUUUUUCCCUAAGAGCCAUACUCUCUAUUUAUUAGGUGCUUUUUGUGCAAUUGUACAACAACGAAGGUUCUUCCUGCAUUAUUGGUGGUGUUUAGGGUCAAGGUGAUGGUCCAGAUCCUUGUUAUCCUUUUACCCUAAGUUCCAGUCCAGCAGAAAUUCUUCCUCUAAAAUUAACUGAAAGGAACAAGAGAGGUGCUUGCUGUGUUUUUACAUGGCUCUUCCUCACUUCGUUUUGGCUUGUAUGUGCCUGCCUGUGUCCCAACUUGCCUGAAAUGCCGUUGGUGCCAGUUUCAUAUUAGUUGGUGUGGUGGUUACUUCUCUAAGAGUGAAGAAAGAUAAUGCAUUUGAACUGAGGUUGCAAUAUGGUUUCAGAGAGUACAGUCAUCAGUCAAGCAUAUUCGUAUAUUUUAAAUUGUAUGCUAAUACUUUUACGUUAAGCCACUUUGAGUCCCCUUCAGAAGAGAUAAAGGGAGGUAUAAACAUAACAAACAUAAACAUAAUAAUAAUAAUAACAACAACAACAAUAACAAUAAUAAUCAGGCAGGUUGUUUACUUUUGUAUGUAUGUUCUUUAAAAUUAUGGUACCAUUUAAGUACAUGCAUGAUAAUCUUUUAUUCUUUUUUUUAUAAUCAGAACAAAAGUGGCAGUCUUGUGUAACAGCAUGGAAGAAAGCAGAUAUGCUGAUGCCGCAGACUUGCUAGUCCAUAGGUUCCUUCCAUACUGUGUAAUUUUUAUGGUUCACAUUGUAUCCUGUCAAUUUUAUACUGGACAUGCUGCAGGUGUUUUCAAAACCAGACCUAUCUGUGCCUUUUAAAAAUGUAUAUUUCACCCCACCUUUCUUUGUGUUGAAGUUUGUGUGUCCUAAUAAUACCCUUCGACUGAGGUCCCAUCUACACUACCAUAUAAUUCAAUUUGAAACUGUAUUAGGGAGACUAUCCAAAAACAGCAGCGCAUCCAAAAAUAUGCAGAGACAAGAUACUUAUUGUUGAGCAUUCAGCUCACAGCAAGCCGAACGUGAAGUGCCAUGUGGCUGUAAAGAAUUUAGAGCUUAGGAGGCAAACAUCCAGAGUUCUGUCUUUAAAAUACAAAAUGUUUAUUUACAAAAUAAUAUCUAUAUUUCUUAAUAGUAAAUAACUGGAUCCUAGCUACUCUAACUAACCCCAUCUCUUCUAGGGUUCAGAGAGAGGGAAAAAUCUCCAGGCAUUAAAUUUCUCCCGACACACAAGCAGAGUAAGGUCUCAAUACAGACAGCACACACCAAGUAAAAAUAGAAAGUCAAAGACAAAAGGCAUACACCUUCAAAGUAUCAAUUCCAUACAACCAAUCUGAAUGAGAGCAGAAACAGAGAGGAGAGAAGAAAUGCAUUCCAACUAUCAUUCAGGAGACAAGGAAGAAGGGAUUUCCCCCAGCCUAUUCUAAGCUAACUAACUACUCCUCAUUGAGGACUGCAGACUUGGACAGUGUGAGGUUGAACUCCAACAAUAUGGACAAUGUGGACUCAUAUAAUGCAGUUUAAUUGCAUCGUACUGCAUUAUAUGAGUAUGGGCUGAUCACAUAAUGAUCAAACAGCAUUAUAUGGCUGUGAAAAUGAGGACUAAGAUACUCCCCACAAGGGGUAUGUAUUUUAGCUGGAACAAGGUUGACAUGUUCUGGACUAGAGAUGGUUUGAAAGGACGAGUUUUAACUUUUGACCACCAAACUUAGGUGGCAAUAAUUAAGCUAUUGCCAUCUGGCAAAAAAUAGAUACUGUACAUUAUAUUUACAAAGUAUAUAUUUUGAGCAGAGCAAUUCAUAUGUCUAUAAAAUAUGUUUGGUUUUUGAAUUUAUUGCUGUUGUUUUUGUAAAUCAGCUUGAUAGAAAUUUUAUAGAUAAAUGCACUAAAUAAGAGGUGGGAUCAUUUUCAUAGAUCAAUAAUGUGAAAUAGAUAUUAAUGGGAAAGGGGUGCCUCUUGGCAAUGGAGAGAACUAAAAUAGAGGAGUUUUUAUGAAGCGGGUGGCCAUUAUUAUACUAAAAUUAUUCCAGAGCGUUACAAAUCCAAAUGAGCAAUGAUGAACUUCAUAUUGAUCUUUUCAUAUUAGGCACCGAAGUUACAAAUAAAGUUUAAAACAAUA